AUGUAUCGGAAGUUGUCUAAGUUAGAACACUCGGAAAUAAAACAACUUCUUACAGAAGCUAACAUAGAAGUAGCAAAACAUUACGCAACAAACAAAAAAGCACUCGCUGACAUCCUCAAUGACUAUAAUGGUGCAAUAAGUUAUGAUAGAAUUCAUGAGUUCAUAAAGCCGCAACGCGGCGAGGACGAAGUCCAUGCAAGAGCAUUUCCUUUAAAUGACGUUGCUAUUGACUUAUAUCAUAGACGUUCAGUACCUCAUGAAGUAAGAAGAGAAAUGUUUGACAUAACAAAUGCAAACGUUGGUGAAACAAGAAGAAGAGACGACACACUGAAACAACAGAGAAGAGAGAU